GUCAAAGCAAAACCAUUAAGAAAAAGGCCAAAGGCGCAGCCGCAGACGCAGCCGUAUUCCGAGUCUGACCUGACUCUUCUACCACGCGCGUCCACAAGCACGUAAUGAAGGCAACCAAGAGGCCGAUUCAGGCCGUCGCCACAUGGGUUCGCCGGCAACCGCCCAAGAUCAAGGCGUUUCUCGCCGUCGUCUCCGGAAUGGCUGCUCUUGUUUUCUUGCGCUUUGUUGUUCAUGAUCACGACAAUCUUUUCGUCGCUGCCGAGGCUGUUCACGCCAUCGGAAUCUCCGUCCUUAUUUACAAACUCAUGAAGGAGAGGACCUGCGCAGGACUUUCACUAAAAUCGCAGGAGCUAACAGCAAUUUUUCUAGCUGUUAGACUCUAUUGCAGUUUUGUCAUGGAAUAUGAUAUACAUACACUACUGGAUUCUGCCACUUUGGUAACGACGCUGUGGGUUAUUUAUAUGAUUCGAUUUAAGCUGAGAUCCAGCUACAUGGAUGACAAAGACAAUUUCCCUAUUUACUAUGUGGUGAUACCUUGUGCUAUACUAUCUCUUGUGAUCCAUCCAACGACUGUGCAUAACAUAAUAAAUAGAAUAGCAUGGGCAUUUUGUGUUUAUCUUGAAGCCGUUUCGGUAUUACCUCAGCUCCGGGUCAUGCAAAAUACUAAGAUUGUUGAGCCGUUUACGGCACAUUAUGUAUUUGCCUUGGGAGUUGCAAGGUUCUUGAGUUGUGCACAUUGGGUUCUACAGGUCUUGGAUACUCGUGGACGUUUGUUAACAGCAUUGGGUUAUGGAUUAUGGCCAUCCAUGGUUCUCCUAUCAGAGAUUGUUCAGACUUUCAUUCUUGCAGAUUUCUGUUAUUAUUAUGUCAAGAGCCUCGUUGGUGGACAGCUUGUUCUACGCCUUCCCUCCGGAGUGGUGUAACUUCAACAGAUCAACAGAACUGCAGCCACACGAUGCAAAAUGAGAGAGGUUUUCUUGGUUGUCUUAGGCUCUAAUUGGGAAGGUAGGAUAUGGGUCUUAGUUGUUGGAAUUAUGCUUAUACAUGAAAUGUGAAGGAUGCACAAGUCUAAGACUCGCAGUUGGUAGAAUUUUUUUAAAAAUCAUGGUCUACUCUUAUGUACUCUAGAUCUCCACCAUCUUCUCUCGAAAGGUCUGAUUUUAAUUUUUCUAUCACGGGGUCUUGUUGCUGCCUGUUGAACCUGAAACAAAGAGAUAAACUUAACAAGUUCCAAAGAGAAAUAUCUAUCUCGAACGAACGAAUUUUUCUUGUGGCUUCAAGUACCAACCCUAAUGCUCUUUCCUUGGCGAACGAGUUCAAUUAGCUCAUUGUUGUGACCAAUAAAGGCCUCUGUCUAAUUUCUUCUGGACUCUUAAAAGGGCUGUUUGUUAUGGAUUGUUUUGUAGAACCAAGUUGUUAUUGACGAUUUGAUGUUAUUUUCGUUUUGAA